AUGUCUGAGGCUGAAGGCUCUUCCCAGGAGGAGGCUGUAUUGGGGACACAGACUACUGCGGGGGUGACCCAGUCUGCACCGCCGACGCCGGAUUGGGUAAAUGUGUUGAACGCCUUGAAUGCUAAUGUGGCUCUUAUUAGUAAGAGGUUAGAUAAGUCUCAGACCCAGGCAUGGAAGAAAUCUGUAGAAGAUAUGUUAUUGCAAAGUCGGGUCCCCGCAGGGUCACAAAAACAUGCCAAAUGUUUUACACAGAACACAAAGCUCAUUACCCAUCAGCCAGCUAAGGCAGCUGAGAUGCCAUUUCGAUGUUCUGAGUGUGGAAAAUGUUUUACAUACAAAUCAGCUCUUGUUAGACAUCAGAGAAGUCACACAGGUGAGAGGCCAUUUCCAUGUUCUGACUGUGGAAAAUGUUUUACUUGGAAAUCAUGUCUUGUUACACAUCAGCAAAGUCACACAGGUGAGAAGCCAUUUCCAUGUUCUGAGUGUGGGAAAUGUUUUGGCCGGAAAUCACAACUUGUUAGACAUCAGAGAACUCACACAGGUGAGAGGCCAUUUCCAUGUUCUGACUGUGGAAAAUGUUUUACUUGGAGAUCAAGUUUUGUUACACACCAGCAAAGUCACACAGGUGAGAAGCCAUUUCCAUGUUCUGAGUGUGGGAAAUGUUUUGCUCGGAAAUCACAUCUUGUUAUACAUCAGAGAAGUCACACAGGGGAGAAGCCAUUUCCAUGUUCUGAGUGUGGGAAAUGUUUUGCAGACAAACCAGAGCUUGUUAGACAUCAGAGAAGUCACACAGGUGAGAAGCCAUUUCCAUGUCCUGAGUGUGGGAAAUGUUUUGCAGACAAAUUACCUCUUGUUAGACAUCAGAGAAGUCACACAGGUGAGAAGCCAUUUUCUUGCUCUGAGUGUGGGAAAUGUUUUGCCCAGAAAUCACAACUUGUUAGACAUCAGCUAAGUCACACAGGUGAGAAGCCAUAUUCUUGCUCUGAGUGUGGGAAAUGUUUUACACAGAACUCAUAUCUUGUUAUACAUCACAGAAGUCACACAGGUGAGAAGCCAUUUCCAUGUUCUGAGUGUGGGAAAUGUUUUAGACAGAAAUCACAUCUUGUUACACACCAGAGAAAUCACACAGGUGAGAGGCCAUUUCCAUGUUCUGAGUGUGGUAAAUGUUUUACAUAUAAAUCAAAUCUUGUUACACAUCAGAGAAGUCACACAGGUGAGAAGCCGUAUUCCUGUUCUGAGUGUGGGAAAUGUUUUGUACAGAAAUCGAGUCUUUUUAAACAUCAGAGAAGUCACACAGGUGAGAAGCCGUAUUCCUGUUCUGAAUGUGGGAAAUGUUUUACAUAUAAAUCAAAUCUUGUUACACAUCAGAGAAGUCACACAGGUGAGAAGCCGUAUUCCUGUUCUGAGUGUGGGAAAUGUUUUGCACAGAAAUCAAGUCUUUUUAAACAUCAGAGAAGUCACACAGGUGAGAAGCCGUAUUCCUGUUCUGAGUGUGGAAAAUGUUUUGCAUAUAAAUCGGAUCUUUUUAAACAUCAGAUAAGUCACACAGGUGAGAAGCCAUUUUCCUGUUCUGAGUGUGGGAAAUGUUUCACACAGAAAUCAGCCCUUGUUCCACAUAAGAGAAGUCACACAGGUGAGAAGCCAUAUACCUGUUCUGAGUGUGAGAAAUGUUUUGCAUCGAAACCAAAUCUGGUUAAACAUCAGAGAAGUCACACAGGUGAGAAGCCGCAUUUCUGUUCUGAGUGUGGGAAAUGUUUUGCAUCUACAUCAGAUUGUGUUACACAUCAGAGAAGUCACACAGGUGAGAAGCCAUAUUCCUGUUCUGAGUGUGGGAAAUGUUUUUCAUCUAAAUCAAUUCUUGGUAAACAUCAGAGAAGUCACACAGGUGAGAAGCCGUAUUCCUGUUCUGAGUGUGGGAAAUGUUUUGCAUUUACAUCAGCUCUUGUUAAACAUCAGAGAAGUCACACAGGUGUGAAGCCGUAUUCCUGUUCGGAGUGUGGGAAAUGUUUUUCAUCUAAAUCAAAUCUUGUUAAACAUCAGAGAAGUCACACAGGUGAGAAGCCGUAUUCCUGUUCUGAGUGUGGGAAAUGUUUUGCACAGAAAUCGAGUCAUUUUAAACAUCAGAGAAGUCACACAGGUGAGAAGCCGUAUUCCUGUUCUGAAUGUGGGAAAUGUUUUGCAUCGAAAUCAAAUCUUGUUACACAUCAGAGAAGUCACACAGGUGAGAAGCAGUAUUCCUGUUCUGAGUGUGGAAAAUGUUUUGCAUAUAAAUCGGAUCUUUUUAAACAUCAGAGAAGUCACACAGGUGAGAAGCCGUAUUCCUGUUCUGAGUGUGGGAAAUGUUUCACACAGAAAUCAGCCCUUGUUACACAUAAGAGAAGUCACACAGGUGAGAAGCCAUAUACCUGUUCUGAGUGUGAGAAAUGUUUUGCAUCGAAACCAAAUCUGGUUAAACAUCAGAGAAGUCACACAGGUGAGAAGCCGUAUUCCUGUUCUGAGUGUGGGAAAUGUUUUGCAUCUACAUCAGAUCUUGUUAAACAUCAGAGAAGUCACACAGGUGAGAAGCCGUAUUCCUGUUCUGAGUGUGGGAAAUGUUUUUCAUCUAAAUCAGCUCUUGUUACACAUCAGAGAAGUCACACAGGUGAGAAGCCAUUUUCAUGCUGUGAGAGAAAUAAAUCCGCUCUUGUUGAACAUAUUAGACAUUACCCAAGCACGGAACCAUUUAAAUCUUCUGGAGUAUAAUUAUCACUGUCAUGCAAUGUUCCUCAAGGGUCAAUCCUAUCUCCUAUGCUUUAUGCAAUAUACAGUCUGGUCCAUAUAUAUUGGGACAUCGACACAAUUCUCAUAUUUUGGGCUCUAUACACCACCACAAUGGAUUUGAAAUUAAACAAAUAAGAUGUGCUUUAACUGCAGACUUUCCGCUUUAAUUUGAGGGUAUAUACAUUAAAAUCAGGUGAACGGUGUAGGAAUUGAAAUGGUUUUUAUAUGUGCCUCCCACUUUUUAAGGGACCAAAAGUAAUGGUACAAGCUAAACAAUCCUAAAUCAAAUAUUGUAAAUCAGUAGAUCAGUGCGCUCGUCCAGUUCAACAAAAAGUACUUUACUACUUAAUGUGGUCGCAGCCCGGAUCAGUGUUUCGUGAAUUGAGCUUUGACAUAUUUUCCAAGUGCGAUCUGAUUACCAUCUCCUAGAUGAAGACCUGGAUACAAUAUCCAUACUGAUAUGCAAAUAUUUAUUUAUCUGGUACGCAUAUAAAUUUUGUGUGAUAACUGAAUUUAAUCCCACAUACGGAAAUAUACUGCGCUAUAUAGCGAUUCUUUGUGUCUCCUAGCAGCAUUUAGAUCCCAGCAGUAACCUGGACUAAAGAAUGGGGGACAGAUACGCCAUGUGUCAAGCCGUAAUCCGUACGCUAUAAUAUUCUUGCGUGUGACAAAACUAGUGAUGAGCGGAUUCGGUUUUACUCUGUUCUCAAAACGCCAUCUUAUUGGCUUACAAUUGUCAUGUGUUUUGGAUAGCCAAUAAGAUUCUGUUUUGAGAUCCGAGUAAAACCGAAUCUGCUCAUCACUAGACAAAACUGAUUGAAAAAUACUACACCAUAGUCGCUCUCUUGUUUCUUCCUUUGUUUCCAGAAUCCUUAAUCAAACUUUUACUUUUUAAUACUUUGUUGCAAAUCCUUUUGUCAGUUACAGCCUGAAGUCUGGAACGCAUAGACAUCACCAGACGCUGGGUUUCAUCCCUGGUGAUGCUCUACCAGGCCUCUACUGCAAAUGUCUUCAGUUUCUGCUUGUUCUUGGGGCAUUUUCUCUUCCGUUUUGUCUUCAUCAAGUGAAAUGCAUGCUCAAUCGGAUUCAGGUCAGGUGAUUGACUUGGCCAUUGCAUAACAUUCCACUUAUUUGCCUCAAAAAAUUGCUUUGGUUGCUUUCGCAGUAUGCGUCGGGUCAUUGUCCAUCUGCACUGUGAAGCGCCUUCCAGUGAGUUCCGAAGCAUUUGACUGAAUAUGAGCAGAUAAUAUUGCCCAAAACACUUCAGCAUUCAUUCUGCUGCUUUUAUCAGCAGUCACAUUAUCAAUAAAUACAAAGGAACCAGUUCCAUUGGCAUCCAUACAUGCCCACGCCAUGACACUACCACCACCAUGCUUCACUGAUGAGGUGGUAUGUUUUGGAUCCUGAGCAGUUCCUUUCCUUCUCCAUACUCUUCUCUUCCCAUCACUCUGGUACAAGUUGAUAUUUGUCUCAUCUGUCCAUAGGAUGUUGUUCCAGAACUGUAAAGGCUUUUUUAGAUGUUGUUUGCAAACUCUAAUCUGGUCUUCCUGUUUUAUUGCUCACCAAUGGUUUACAUCUUGUGGUGAACCCUCUAUAUUCACUCUUGUGAAGUCUUCUCUUGAUUGUUGACUUUGACACAUAUACACCUAUCUCCUGGAGAGUGUUCUUGAUCUGGGCAACUGUUGUGAUGGGGUUCGUGCUAUUUAGUACACUAGUAGUGUACUAAAUAGCACGAACAGCUUGUAACGUAGAGUGGCAAGUUUAAUCUUUCUACGUAUAAUGGAGAGAAAUAAAAGCUCCUCCCUAAGUUCCUGGAUGCCAAAUCACUGUCCUUAGUAUCUCUGUACAGUUUUUUCUAUUAGAGUACUAAUUAGCAGGAACAGCUUAUAAUGUACAACAUAGAUUCUCUAACGCCGACGAUCUACAGUACUGUGUUGCUCGAACAGUUAGUUGCGUCAGAAUACACUGAUUUAUAUUUACUGGUAUGUCUAUACGUGCUCAUUACUGCUGUGUAUUUUAGAUAGUGAAUGAGUCACUCCUGCAGAUUUACCGCGAUUUGUGGGAAACCUGUGUGCACCCUUCUGUUGAAUGCUUUACAAUGGAUUACACAGAAAAAAUAAUAAAGUGAAUGUCACUGGAACACAAAAAAAAUUGACAGUUUGGGAAUCGAACCCGGUACUCAGCGUGGCAGACCGGAGCCUUCAUCGCUAGCCCACAGCACUGCAUGGAAGAUUUUCAAGUUCAUGUGUAAAAGUACUGCAAAGAGCGAUUCCUCCCCAUUGGUGUUUGUUUAUGCCGUUAGGGGACUCGGACGCUCCUUUUAUGCACUGUACAUACUGUAAAGUCAAUGAGCUACAUUAUUCCUUUCACACAUUAGUUGUGUCUGCAUACACAAGUGUUUUAAAACGUUAAUUUGCGUCUGUAUAAACUAUACACACAGGGAUUUGGCAUCCAGAAACUUAGGGAGGAGCUUUUAUCUCUCCCCAUUAUACUUAAUAUUACGGGAUUUGUACACUCGCAUAUCCCUAACAUCAAUAGACCAUACUGUAUCUGUAACACGUUCGUUUGCAUCUGUAUGUGCUGUACUAUUUGCACCUUUACUGUAUAUACUGUUAUAUACUUUAUGACAUACUGUAGCAUAAUGUAGUGUAAUGAGACGCACCAGUAAAGUAGUUCUUACGCUGUAGUUCAGUAUUGUAUUUUAAUGGAGACCACACGCUUGCGCAUUGGUGAUUUUAAAAAGCGACAUCUGGUGGAUGAUCUUAGGUAUUACACUCAAAGGUAACGCCAAACGCUCUGUGUGCCUUCCUACGACUAGGCGCGCCUCCUUGCGCCCAGGUACGCUGCAUAUGCCUGAUGGCGACUAACGCCUCAGCCAGCCAAGAUAACGGAGGACCCGUCUGUAUAUUUAGUUCCUAAAUAAUACAUCCCAAAUGCUUAGGUAUUUUUUCUGCUGUUUAUUUUGUAUCUUGUGCUUUGUGUAAAUGUGAAUGUCUAAUACCAGUUUGCACAAUCUGUAUUGCUGCACGACAGUAUGGCGGCCAUUGGAACGUGUUUUCACUUCUAGUUUGCCUAACUUGUUACAGACACUCAUCUUGAUAAGGAGUGUCGAUUGUUUUCUGAUACAAGAUCCUAUCUAUAUAUACCCUGUACAUUAUUAUGUGCAUUAGAGUCACCCGGGUUACAUCUGCGGUGGUUUGUUGUAUGUUACAUCUAUAUGGUGCGGAUACUCCCCUGUAUGAUUUCAUAAUAAAAGCUUUUGUUUGCAUCUAA